AUGCACCUUCACAGCAUAUUGGGUUUCCUAGCGUGCCUGCCCCUUACUUUCGCCAGCACGCUCCCGACUGAGUUCUCCGAAGACUUUUCGCGUUCUAUUCAGGUCACGCGCGAGUCUGUCGCCAGCGACAUCAAUGGAAUCGAUACAGCGGUCAAGAAACUGAUUGGGGCCCUCGACCCUUUUGAAGGCGGGUUACUCGAUGUCCCGAACCUUGUCAUCGUUGGCACCAACUUCCUCAACGUUCACGCGGCCAACCGCAAAGCUUUUGUCAAUGCGAAACGCAUUGAAACACAAUUUUCCAAGGAAGAUUCCAAGGCCAUCAUCGAGUUAGUCGAGCAGACUUUGGUGAUCACGAACCCUCGGGCGACGGAGCUUGUCAUCAGAAAGAAGCCUGCCUUUGACCGUCUGCAAUCCGGGGCUUUCGCGAGGUUGGGUUUGGAACUACUGCUGAACGAUCACCUGACACUUAGUGAUGCACUGGUGCGUUGGGUCGAGCCUAGUCUCCGGGACAAGGCCGAUGAGGUGGUCGAGACAAUUACACUUGCGUUGGAGGAUGCCAUAGAGGUCUACUCAUGA